AUGGUCAAGAACAAGCUUCUGUGUGCAUUAACGCUGUGUUGCACCAUUCUUGGUACGCAAUGUGAUCCAUCUGCAAGUACAUCGAGUGCUGCGCAAGGGGGGUUUGCUUUCGAAAUGAUCCUGACCAAAUUGAAACUUCUGGAAGAUCGUUUAGAUGGAAACAUGGUAGAAAGAUCGUGCAGUGAGGUUCCCUCUUCCGGCAUAUACACCGUUCAGCCGGAAAAGCCCUUCAAGGAACCAAUUGACGUACUGUGCGAUAAAGAAUUCUUGUCGGGCGGUUGGACCGUAAUACAGCAUCGGUUCAAUGGAUCCACAAACUUCUAUCGCAACUGGCAAGAGUACAAGAACGGGUUUGGCAAUCUGGACGGUGAGUUCUGGCUGGGGCUAGAUCGUAUUUAUCAGCUGACAGUGUCACGACCGUACGAGUUGGUGGUGGUGCUGGAAGAUUUUGAUGGCAAUAAGACGUACGCCAAGUACGAUCAGUUUGAAAUUGGAGACGAGAGCCAAAAGUAUGAAGUGACCAAGUUAGGUCAAUAUUCGGGAACGGCUGGUGAUUCUUUCAGUGCCACCAAGGGCAUGAAAUUUUCGACAUUCGAUAAGGAUCAUGAUACGUGGGAAACGCACUGCGCAGUUACAUUAGCCGGCGCCUGGUGGUACAGCAAUUGCAAUUUAGGCAAUCUUAAUGGAAAAUAUCUUCGAGGAAAAACGGAAGAGGUUGGUACUGGGUUGGGCUGGGACAGCUUUCGAGGGCAGCAUUAUGCAUUGAAAGCAUCAAAAAUGAUGAUUAGACCAAAGAACGUUUAG